CCAUAUACAAAAUGGCGGCCAUCACGAGUGGCGAUCCGCAGGCGGAGCAGAUCAAGCAGUUCAAAGACUUUCUCGUCUCGUACAACAAACUGUCGGAGCUGUGCUUCUCGGACUGCGUGCACGACUUCACGGUGCGUCACGUGCGAGACAAGGAGGACAAGUGCGCCAUGAACUGCAUGGAGAAGUACAUGAAGAUGAACCAGCGCAUCUCGCAGCGCUUCCAGGAGUUCCAGAUGCAGACCAACGAGGCGGCCAUCGCGGCAUCGCAGAAGGGAUUCCGCUAGUACGAGACGGACUUGGCGUCGUCAGCCGGCUCCAGUAUUCAGGUUAAAGAAAUGGACAGAAUCCGGCGGAAGAUGUGUGCGGGGCGUGGAGCGAGUGCAGAUAAUUCAUGUGAACACGUGUACUCGAAAGAACUUUCUUUAUUCGUAUAAAAAGGGCAGAAUAAAAACCGAGUCGACUCAG